CACCGCAGCCGCUAUCGCCUAUGGCAUCGACAAGAAGGGAGGAGAGAAACGCAUCCUUGUCUUCGACCUGGGAGGCGGAACCUUCGACGUGUCUCUGCUGACCAUUGAUAACGGCAUCUUUGAAGUGGUUGCCACCAACGGAAAUACCCAUCUAGGCGGUGAAGACUUUGAUCAGCGCACCAUGGAAUAUUUCAUGAAGAUGCACAAGAAGAAGACCGGCAAAGACAUCAAUAAGGACAAUCGCGCCGUGCAGAAACUACGUCGAGAAGUCGAGAAGGCCAAGAGAGCGCUGUCCAACACCCAUCAGGUCAAGCUGGAGAUCGAGUCGCUCUUCGACGGCGAGGAUUUUGUUGAGAUCCUGACCCGAGCCAAGUUUGAGGAGCUAAACAUG